UUUCGAUCGGGACCAGAUGCGCUUUUACGCACUCCGUCUCCAGCCCUCGCACUCCGCGCGCUUUUUACGCACACUGGAUAUUUGACUCCUCAGUCCUCGGCACGAUGUCAAACGUCAGAAAACCGCAUUAUUCUAUAGGAAGCGGCUGUGUGUCAUUCAUUCUGGGCUCUUGAGAGGGCCAGUUUGCUGCUCGUCGGGGAGACGAAAUGACCGACGCAUUGAUGCUUUCAGCGCGGUUCGCUUAGACUUUAUUUCCCGGUUUCUGUGGGUCUAACAUAAAGGUUUUUUUCUUUUUUAUAUAUAACUUCAGGAGGUACUUUAUCUCGGAUAUCAGGGAUAGAUCAAGAGGAGAUGAUGGCUUUAUCGUUUCUUUACGCGCUGUGCAUGUGGAUCAGUUUAGUGUGUCCGUCGCUGGGAACAGGGUUUGUUUAUCGCUUCCCGGGCAUCACUGUGCAGCGGCAGCGCAUCAAAUCGGAGCAGAGCGGCAGCACAGGACCACCAGGUACCGGAUCCCGCUCUACCCAACUCAGGAACUGGUGUCAGUACACUGUUUCCAGAACAGUGUCGUGUCAGGUGCACAAUGGGACAGAAACCACAGUGCAGAGGGUGUUUCAGGGCUGCCGGUGGCCUGGACCCUGCUCCAAAGUCAUCAGCUACAGGACUUUGAUCAGGCCGUCCUUCAAGGUUGCCUACAAGCAGGUCACAGCGCUGGAGUGGAGAUGCUGCCCAGGGUUUGUGGGAGAGGAGUGCCGUGAAGAGUGUUUGAACUGCACCAGCUUCACUGACAUGAACAGCAGAAUACAUGCCAUCGAAUCAAAGAUCAAGCUGUUAGAGGAGGGACGUUCCUCCCUGCCGACAGUCAGCAGUUUACCAGAGGGCUCCACGGACAACGAGGUGGACGCACCGCAGCCCACUCCCAUUGGACCGCCAUCUUACCUCCCACAAGGAGUACCAGUAGGCAGAGGACCUCCAGGGCCCAUCGGACCACCGGGGCCUCCAGGUUCUGCUGGACCUCCGGGCCUGGCUGGAAGAUCAGGCCUCCCUGGACCCGUCGGACCAAAGGGGGACAGGGGUGUACCAGGAGAAUUGGGUCUCCCUGGCCCUCCUGGUCCACCGGGUCCUCCAGGGCCGAGCUCCUCUCAUGCCCGAGAGCGUGGUGACGUUUUUCAUGUGAACAAUCAAGAGGAUAUCCCCGAUCAUUCAGCUCUCCCUGCUCCUCAGAUCGUGGUCGGGCCUCCUGGUCCAACCGGUCCUAUCGGUCCCUCAGGCCCUCCAGGACUGAGAGGACUGGCAGGGAUUCCAGGCCUUCCAGGCUCCGAUGGCAUUGAAGGCCUCCGAGGCAAGCCGGGGGAACCUGGGCCUAAAGGAGAUCCAGGGGAAAGGGGGCCUCCAGGUGUAUCAGGCGAGCAGGGCCUACCUGGAGCAACGGGGCAAAAAGGAGAGCCAGGAGAAGGCUUGAAUGAGGGCGAGGCCGUGCAGCAGCUCAGGGAGGCCCUGAAGAUCCUGGCCGAGAGGGUCCUGAUCCUGGAGCACAUGAUCGGCGUUCACGACAACUCUGAAGGAUCUGGAUUUGGCAGCAUGUCGGACCCCCUGUCUUUCUCUGCUAUAAAGAUCAAGCGUCUUCAGCCUGUUCAAACCCCUCCGGUGCUUGAGGAGAGACACAGACCAGCUCCGCUUUAAGAAUAUUGUCUAGUUUUGUAUGUAUGUGGAUAAUUGUGAUGGAUGUGGCAUAUUUUUUGUUUUAUAUCAUGUUUCUUGUACCUUUUUAUUAUUACUAUUUGCCUAUUAUUGUCCUUUCUAAUCAAAUAAGUCUUUGCAGACAUGAGAUGUUGAGCAUUUCAUUCACACCCUGUUGCUGCACGAUCCUACAUAACCUUCGCAGCAGCACUUCGUACAAUGUUGUACAAUGAAAUAUAAUCUCAUAAAGUGUUAUGAAGGUUUUGGCAUCUCUCUUUCCUCAGAUAAAAGACUGCCUAGUAAACACAUCAGUCUUCUUGGCUGAUGUUGCAAAGCUCCUCAGGCUGCGAUGAGAGUUCCCGAGAGCUGGACCCAAAAUAUACUAUUUAGUGUCGAACACAUUUUUGGAACGACCUCAGGGUUCAUCUCGUGUUAGCCUGUCAAACAUAUUUCUUCCUCUCUCUUCUCUCUGUGUCUCUGUGGUUGCUCUGCCUUGUUAAAACUGAGGUAAGACACGACAAGCGGCCAAGAAUAUCUGCUUAAAAUAAAGUUAGGUGAAAUGAAUAGCAUCUGGAGACCGCACAUCUGGAGAGCAAAAGGAAGAGACACUGAAACAGUUGAGUUCUGGCCUGGAAACCGUAAACCCUGCUCGUCUCCAGUGCACCUUCACGCGACUGGCUCAUGGAGAAGUGGACGUGACAGGAUUACACGGACUUCUCUUCCAAACUGAUAUGAUUAUUGUAUAAUGAGUCUCUGAGAGACUGAGCCUGUUAAAGCUUUGACCAUGUGCAGUACAAUCUUUGUUUUCUCCAUUACAGGGUUCAUAUGUAACAGGAAUAGUGUUGCAUUUUGGGGAUAUAAGCCGAGAGUUGGAUUAGAGGAUCUAUACUGGAGCCAACACCUGAGCUUAGCACAAGGACUGAAACAGGGGAAAGAGCUCACCUGGCUGUGUCCCCCUUUCAAAAUCGUCCUAUACAUGCUUGCAACCUCGCAGUAAGGACAAUGCAGCGCUCAUGUCGUGUCAGCUCUGAUUUAUAACUUGAUUUUGGGGGGAUUUUGCGACAGCAGCGAUAUCUCCCGCCUGGUGAAAAGAUCUAGGGAAAUGUCAACAAAACAUCUGACAGUGGGUGAAAGGUCAUCAUUAACAGUUACAUCUAAAUAUAAAUCAUAUAAUCUAUGUUACUUGUUAGUGAACCAUUACAAAUAUAUAGCACACAAGUGACGCAAUAAUAAUGAUGAUGUUUUUCUUUUCCUCCCACUUUAUCAACAUUGUUGGGAUACAGACUCCAGUCACUGCACCCAGCCAAACACAAAGUGUCAUUGUUACACUUAAGUGAGGGAGUGCUAAUUAUUGAGCUUUCAUUCAGGCUAAUGUGGUGACUGGCUGUUUUGUGGAGUAUCACAGUCAGGUGCAUGAACUCUGUCCAGUUUUUGGCUCCCAGCUUGGGAUCAAGAGCUCUUCCAGUUUUUUGUUGUUUUUUUUCGAUCCACAAUUUUGCAGGGAUCUCUUCUCCCCUGAUGGAGAAGUCUCUUGGCAGCUUGAUGUUGUACGAAGCACUGCACAACAUAAUAGAUACUAAAUGUUUUUGCAUGUGUAUGUUUCUGGCACCACUGGAGAUUCAUCAUGUUAACUAUAAGGAGACAUGACAAAUCUACAUUAAUAGGAACGUAAUAUUAUAAGUAGGUGUUGUUGCUAGCUUAUUAUAUUGACCACUGCAUCAUGAUGUUGGGUUGGACUAAAAGCCCCUUCACACCAAGGCAGUGGUUGGUUGUCGGGCACUGUCCAGGCCUUCAGUGAGUGUCUGUGGCUCCAGUCAGCAAUAGACAGCCCUAGUCAGUGGCUUUUUGGCCGUUUGAGCAUAGCGUAUUGUGUUACAUUUGUGUACUCCUCAGAUGGUCCCACUUCCUGAACUCGGAAAUGGUCUUCACGUUGUGUUCAAGUGCAGCCCUUUGGCUGAGUGUCCAAGACACGAGGUGGCGUAACAGUCAGCCUUCGUCCCAGCUUGUUCUUUGGUGUCUGUUUGGUGUUUCAGGACCUUUAGAGGUUGGUGUAUUUUGUUAGCCUCGGACAAAGCCACGCUCACUGAUUCACCCUGUUUCUGGUCUUUGUGCUAAGCUUAGCUAACCAGCUGUAGAUUGAGAUGUGCAACUAUUCCCUCAACCAUUACUUGCAGAAAGGUGAUGAACCUGCCUGUAUCUGCUGUCGAGUCUCCGGUUAGCUGUCAUAUGUACAGAGGACCAAGUCUGCUCUCUUUCAAAUGCAGCUGUGUGUUGUGCAUGUUUCAUUACCUUUAAUACUAAACAAUGUCCAAGUGCUUUGUUGUUUAACUUGCGUGAGACUCAGCAGAUAUUUAUCUGUGUUGAUUAUUGAAGUGAGAUUAAAGUCACAACA